GGGGCGGCGCGGGGAGCGGAUGGUGGUGGCCGCUGCUCCCGGGCGCCGGCGGGGGCAGGAGCUGGCCGCGGGCGCGUCCCCACCCCCUCCCACUCGGAGCCGUACGAUGUGAGCGGCCGCGGGGCUCGGCAGCGCCCCCGGUGCCCACGACGCUGGGGCGGGCAGCGAUGGCCGGAGCCCGGCGCGGGAGCAGCCGCCGUCGCCGAUAGGAAGCGCCGGGGGCAGCCUGCGCGGAGCCUCCCUCGGGCCGCGGAGCGCUCGUCCCGUCCCGUGCAGCCCCGUCCCGUCCCGUUCCUCCCCCUUCCCUCCUCCCCCAACCCGCGGCCGGUGCAUGCGGGGCUCGGGGGGCCCCCCUCGGUCCCCCCCCGCCGCCGCCCCGCCAUGUCCUCGUCGUCCAGCUCCUCGCAGACGCCCCCGUCCCACCACCAGCCCCCGGCGCAGAGGAUGAGGCGCGGCGCCGCCGGCUCCCCCACCGCCGGCAGCGGCACGGCCGGGGGCGGCCCCGGUAACGGCGGCGGGGGGUGCGCGGCGGGGCCCGGCCGGCUGCUGCAGCCCAUCCGAGCCACCGUGCCCUACCAGCUGCUGCGGGGCGGGCAGCGCAGUCCGACCCGCUCCCCCUCCGCCUCGGCGGGCAGCGGCACCGGGCCGGGGGGGCGCGGUGGAGGCGGCGGCGGCGGCGGCGGCAGCAGCCCCCCCCCGGCUCCCAGCGCCACGCCGCCGCUGGAGCCGGGCAGGGCGAAGGGCCGGCAGCGGCGCUCGCCCGACAGCGGCGGCAGCAGCAGCAGGAGGAGCAGCUCACCGGAGAGGCGCAGCCCCAGCUCCCCGGUGUACCGAGUGGACAGGCCAAAAUCCCAGCAAAUCAGAACUUCUGGUACCAUAAGGCGAACUUCUUCUUUGGACACAAUUACAGGACCUUACCUCACAGGACAGUGGCCACGUGAUCCCCACGUACACUACCCUUCAUGUAUGAAAGAUAAAUCUACUCAGACACCUAGCUGUUGGGCUGAAGAAGGAGCAGAAAAGAGAUCUCAUCAGCGCUCAGCAUCGUGGGGAAGUGCUGAUCAACUAAAAGAGCAGAUUGCCAAACUGAGGCAGCAGCUUCAGCGCAGUAAGCAGAGUAGUCGUCACAGUAAAGACAAAGAGCGUCAGUCACCUCUCCAUGGCAACCACAUAGCAAUCAGUCAGACUCAGGCUUCUAUUUCCAGAUCAGUCCCUAUGCCACUGUCAAACAUUUCAGUGCCAAAAUCAACUGUUUCACGUGUGCCGUGUAAUGUAGAAGGAAUAAGCCCUGAACUGGAAAAAGUAUUCAUUAAGGAAAACAGUGGAAAAGAAGAGGUAUCCAAGCCUUUGGAUAUCCCCGAUGGUCGAAGGGCCCCGUUACCUGCUCACUAUCGUAGUAGUAGUACACGAAGCAUUGACACUCAGACUCCAUCUGUCCAGGAGCGCAGCAGCAGCUGCAGCAGUCAUUCACCAUGUGUCUCUCCCUUUUGCCCUCCUGAAUCUCAGGAUGGGAGUCCUUGCUCAACAGAAGACUUACUCUAUGACCGUGAUAAAGACAGUGGGAGUAGCUCACCGUUGCCCAAGUAUGCCUCAUCUCCCAAACCAAACAACAGCUACAUGUUCAAACGAGAGCCCCCAGAGGGAUGUGAGCGAGUGAAGGUCUUUGAGGAAAUGUCGUCUCGUCAGCCUGUCUCAACCCCUCUCUUUUCAUGUCCUGACAAAAACAAGGUUAACUUCAUCCCAACCGGAUCAGCUUUCUGUCCUGUAAAACUUCUGGGCCCCCUACUUCCAGCUUCAGACCUGACGCUGAAGAACUCUCCCAACUCCGGUCAAAGCACAGCUUUGAGUACCCUGACUGUUGAGCAGCUUUCGUCUCGGGUCUCUUUCUCAUCUCUGUCAGAUGACACCAGCACAAUGGACUCUACAGAGGUCUCGGUACAGCAACCAUCCCAGCAGCAGCAGCCGCUUUUGCAGGAAAUUCAGACUGAAGAUCAUUCCUCUCCUCAGAGCUACGCAUUAACCUAGACCAAGGUGGAGCAGGCCUCUGCCCCAAAGCAAGGAUUGAGGAGAUAACAGUUCAGAUACGUCUGCAUGAGGUGGCAACCUUUCAGAACAAAACAGAAUACUUAGCAUCAUUUGAAAAAAAUAUCUCAACGCUGUUCUUGGCAGGGACAGAAUUCAUAUUCAGCAUUUUUUGUGAGAAAGCAGUAAUGCCUGCAAAAUCCAUAUAUCAUUAAGCGUUUUAAGUGGAGACUAUGCAUUUCAUAGUAUGUUUGACCAGAUUAGUACUGUGUCCUGUGUUCUGUUUCAAAUUCUACAGUAUAAAUAAGCUCUAUAUAUAUAAAAAAAAAAGUUGCCUGUCUGAAUAGAAAAUGUCUUGCUGUGUUGUGUCCUAUGGAAAAUACUGUACUUCAGGAUUAUGUUUACAAUUGAUCCAGGUGUUUGUUUCUAACUUCUGUAAUACACACAAUGCAAAAAAAAAAAAAAUGGCCACAACAGUUGCACAGUGCCCACCCUAUGGCCUAGCUUCAGGUACUUCUCUCGAAGUGUAAACUCAGGUAACUUGGAAUGUAUAUCAUAUUGGGAUAUAAAAUAUUUUACAGCUACAAAGCUAAAGAGGGAACAUCACUCUUUUGCCUUUCCUUAUUUUAUGCAUUAAUAUUUCCUCAUUACAUUCCACUUUCUUGGAAUAAGUGCAUUCAGCUCCAGGUGAAUGAUGACCCUGGACAUGGGUGAACAUGAGGAGAACCAGCAAAUCUGUGAUGUAUAUCACUUUGUCAUGUGCUUACAAGUAAAAACAACUGUUGCAUUUAUUGUCAUUUCAAUAUAUGUAAAAUGUGGCAUUUAAAGGUUUCAGGUGUUGCUCAGUUAAUGACUGUUAAACUGUUGCAAAUAAAGUGUUCAGUACUAGGCUGUACAUGAGAAACAUUCCACAUUGUGUGUGAGAGGAUUUUGAAAGACAAGAAUGUUUUUGUUCAAGGAUAGAAAUUCUUUCAGGUUUCACAGGGGGGCGAUGGGGAUUUCCUCUCAUGUUUUUGUUGGCAGUUAAGGAUGUGAAAUGCUACUGUUACCGUCUAAAAGUCAAAUUAAUGUUUAGUUUCUCUCUUGGAAAUGUUCAUUCAUUUGCUGGUUGGAACUAGGUUUUCAGAUUUUUGUCAAGCAGUGUUAGAUGAGCAGCAUUUUAUUUAUAUAGUGAGUAAUUGUGUUUGGAUUGAAGUCCAAAAGUAGCAAGUGGGUGUUUUAAGAGGGGUGGGGAAAACAAUAGUUUUAAGUUUGUGUUACGUAAUCAAAACUUCUCCCAUAACUUUUGCUUACUUAAGUUGUGUGUGUAAAAGUGUGUUUUUCUCCCCUCCUUAAGUAUGAAUAAAAAAAAUCCUGGUGAAAUAAUCCUGGUUUUGCAGGCUGGACGCUUUCUCAAAAUAGUACAUGGCAAGAACGGUUUAGUAGUGCUCUUCUGUUGUACCAGAACAAGAGCACUGCUUUCAGAGAUAAUUUCCUGUGAUACAAAGAGGACCCCAAAGGCAAAAUAAACUUGAUGUUCUUGCUCCAUUGCUUUCAGCUCAGUGGAACUACAUUUAUGGUGUCUGCUCCUAAGAGAAUAAGGCUCACCUUUUCCAGGAAUUGAGGAGAUUAGUAGCCUGCAGCUACUGAGCAUUUAAACUUGCUCCAUUAUUCUUUUUUUUCCUCUUUUGAAGAUGAGAUUGGAGGGGGUGAGAGUGAACCACCAAUAAGUGCUCACUAAAUACAUGCUUUCUUUGGAGAUAAUGCAUGGUUUCCUUUUUAUUACAGAGAUUUUGUUAAUGCUGUCUUACAAGGUGGAAUUUGCAGCCUAUAAAAGUCACUUUUUUUGGCUCCCCUUGCAGAAAACAUAAGGAGAGAGAGGUCUGUCUCUAACCAUUUUCAUGUGAAAAACCUGCUUGAAACACAACAGCCAUCUUUAAACCCUACUAAUCUCAGGCCUAGGUGAAAACACUAUAUAUUUUAUAGAUUGAAGAUAAAGGGGAGAAAAUACUCAUGAUGUAAGUAUCAAUUCCUUUUAAUAUUUUUCCUUCUAGAUUAACAUUGCAGUAUGACGACCUUUUUAUGCUCAAUCGUAGUCUCAGUUGUUGGUGUUAGGUUACCAGGGGAUACGAUGAUGAGUUUUUAGAUCAGUGAUGAACUCUGUACAAUAAUUGCAAUGCCAUUGUGUUCUUUUUAUUUUUUUCCAUGAGAAACUAAAUAUUAAUUAAAUUGCACAUUUGUUCUUAGCAGAUUUGAAGGUUUUGAACCAAAUGUGUUAAAGCUAAUGCUUUGCCAUGUAAAUUUCCCAGCAGUUGUUUAUCUCAAUUGUAUUCUACAUCCAGCUGUAGAAAUUUGUCAAAUAUUGUUUAAAGUUUUGUACAUAGUUGUACUGUUAUUUCUAGCCACUGUGCUGAACAGUAUUCAAGUUAUCACACAAUAUUGCUUUACACAAGGAAGUGUGUGGCUUUUGUUUUGUAUUUUUUUGGUAUAGAAGUUCCUGUGUCUUAU